UAAAAACCUGGAGAUAAGGUGACCAGGUGCACCAGAAGAUGGGAUACUGCAUUUCUGGAAGCUUAACAUCAUUACAUCCUUCAAAUCCAACACACAACAAAUCACUCAACUUCUCCAAAUACACUCUUUCUGCCUCCAUCCAAAGAAACCAUAUCCCACUGAUAGGAAAGAAGGUAGGAAAAAGGCUGAUACGAAUAUCAACCGCAGAAGGGAAAUGGCAAGGAAACUGGAAUGCUGACUAUAACUUCUCGCUUCGAGACCUACGGUUAGAUGAUUUAGUCGAAGCCGGUGAUCCUAACGAUUCACGGGUCCUCGUGUCUCUAACAAUUCAUAGGCAUGCAGGCUUUGGGCUUUCUGUUGAUGGGAAAAUUGAUACGGCUUUUACUAGAAAGUGUAGCAACUGUUCUUUGCCUUACUGCAGACAGAUUACUACAAACUUCAAUGUGUGGGUCCUACCGAGUAACAAAGAUGGUGACUCUAAUCAGCUACCUGAAAUUGGAGGCGACGAUCCAUCAGUCAUCUAUGUGAAACCAGGAUGUGAAGCAGAUCUCGACUCGUUAAUACAGGACACAGUUAGGCUCACCACUUCUGUGAAUGAAACCUGUUCAGAUGUUUGUGAGAAAUCAGAACUCGGGUUAAAGCAUAUUAGCAAGGCAAAGGCUCCAACUGUGGAUAAGAGGUGGUCCAAGUUACUUGAGCUAAAGAACUCAUAUCAAUAAACAUAACACAUCAAUAUGAAGAUCUAUGUGAAGCCCUAAAACUGAUCCGAGCAUCGUUUCAAACUACAAGAACACGAGAAUACUUUUUGUUUAUUUAUUUCUUUUCAGGAUGCAAUGUUGUCAUUUGUAUAAAUCUUCUCGGGUUGGCCCCUUUCAUCUUGUUACUGUAUCUGCAACACAUAUACAAAAAUACUCCAUAGACAAUAAAUAAUUGGAUAUUUGGAUA